CUGUCGAGCGGCGAAGCGGCGGCCUACGAGCUGGUCUGGAAGCGCACGAUCGCCUCGCAGAUGACCGACGCCAUCGGCAGCACGGUGCAGGUGCGAGUGGGCGGUGAGGCCGCCGACGGGCGCAAUGCCGAGUUCACCGCGGCCGGCACCACGAUCAGCCACUACGGCUUCCGCCGCGUGUACUCCGAGGGCACCGACGCCGAGGGAGGCGCCGGGGCCCGGCCGAACGGAGACUCGGAGCGGCCGCUGCCGGCGGUGACCGAAGGCGAUCGGCUCGGCCUGGAAGGGCUCGAGCCGUCAGGCCACGAGACCUCGCCGCCGGCCCGCUUCACGGAAGCUUCGCUGGUCAAGCGUCUGGAGGAGCUGGGCGUGGGCCGGCCCUCCACCUACGCCUCGAUCAUGAACACCAUCCAGGACCGCGGCUACGUGUGGAAACGGGGCACGGCGCUGGUGCCCACCUUCACCGCGUUCUCGGUGGUGAGGCUGCUGGAGCAGCACUUCUCCGACCUGGUCGAUUACACCUUCACCGCGCGCAUGGAAGACGAGCUGGACAGCAUCGCCACCGGCGACGGGGACGUGCAGCCGUGGCUGCGCCGCUUCUACUUCGGCGCCGAAGUGCCCGUGCGCGGGGACGACGGCUCCUCCAACGGCGAGGAGUCCGAUCAAGAGAAUGCGGGCCUCAAGGCGAUGGUCGGCGCCGUCAUCGUGGCGCGCGUGGGGCGCUUCGGCCCCUACGUGGAACGCGGCCCGCAGCGGGCCACCAUCCCGGACGAGAUCCCGCCCGACGAGCUGACCGUCGAGGCGGCCCUGGAACUGAUCGACAAGCCCAACGACGACCGCGUGCUCGGCGAGGACCCGGACAGCGGCCUGCCGGUGAUCGCCCGCGCGGGCCGUUUCGGGCCGUACGUGCAGGUCGGCACCGCCGAGGACACCGGCAAGAAGAAACCGAAGACCGCGUCGCUGCUGCAGUCGAUGACCCUGGACGGCAUCGAUCUGGACGACGCCCUGAAGCUGCUGUCGCUGCCCCGCACGGUCGGCGCGGACCCGGCCGACGGCACGCCGAUCACCGCCCAGAACGGCCGCUACGGGCCGUACAUCCAGAAGGGAUCCGACAGCCGCACGCUGGACUCGGAGGAUCUCCUGUUCACGGUCACGCUGGAGGAAUGCCUGACGAUCCUGGCGCAACCGAAGGGGCGCCGCAGGCAGGCCGCCAAGCCGCCGCUGCGCGAGUUGGGCAACGACCCGGCGACCGGUCAGCCGAUGGUGAUCAAGGAGGGCCGCUGGGGCCCGUAUGUCACCGACGGACAGACCAACGCCUCGCUUCGCACCGGCGACACGGUGGAGCAGAUCACCCCCGAACGGGCCGCGGAGCUGCUGCAGCACCGUCGCGAGCGGGGACCGGCCACGCCCAAGGCGCGUGGCACCACCCGGCGCAAGAGCACGACCACCACCAAGCGUACCACCACCAAGCGUACGACCAGGCAGAAGGCCGCCUCCUGA